ACAGGGACCCAGCCCUAGCCCACCCUAUAGUAAAUCGGGUGCACGUGUGGGCGGGCGUUUUGAUGUCCUAUAGGACCCUUCCUCGCUCGAGACAGCGACGCGAGGCGCACACAGAGAGAAAAUCUGCGAACACAGAACUUAUAGUUUUCCGGUUACACAUUAUAUAUAAAUAUUUAUUUAUUUUUUAUUUAAACCUUUUACAUUUGUUUUUCUCUCUAAUUUAUCCAUUCUGAAGUCGCCGUCAGCCGUCAAAUAUCUGCAAUUCAAAGCGAAUCCUCUCUGCAAUUCCAAUCAUAUCUCUCUAUUCUCUAAGCUUAAGAAAGUUCAUGAAAACUGCUGCUGAAAUCAAGGUUCAUGGAAUUGGGUAUUUUUCCAUUUCAGUUAGCGUUGUGGAAAACUUAUUAUAAAUUUGAGAAUCUUUAUUACUUGAGGAGGGUAAAGCUCUCAAUUGAUCUGGUGAAUCUAAGCUUCUGACGUUCAGAGAGGGAAUUAUAAAACUUACUCUGCAAAGGAUCUCUAUAACUGCUUCUAUUGUUGGUUCAAAUAUUGUCAAAUGUCAGAAGUUGAUGUGGUUGUCAAUAAACCUGAGAUGAUGAAGUCCUACAUCUGGCUCCAGACAGCUGAUGGUUCAAUCCAACAAGUGGAGCAAGACGUUGCCAUGUUUUGUCCCAUGAUAUGUCAUGAAGUAAUAAACAAGGGAAUGGGAUCAUCUAAGAGCUAUGCAAUAUCUCUUCCACAACGAGUCAAUCCUGCCUCAUUGAGCUUGAUUCUAGAUUAUUGCAGGUUUCAUCAAGCGAGAGGCCAUUCUAACAAGGAGGGCAAAUCUUUUGAUGAAAAGUUUGUUCGGAUGGAUACAAAGAGGCUAUGUGAGUUGACAUCUGCUGCUGACAGUCUCAAGUUGAAGCCUCUGCAUAAUCUUACUAGUCGUGCACUUGGACGAAUUAUUGAAGGGAGAAGCCCCGAAGAGAUACGUGAGAUAUUUCAUUUGCCUGAUGAUCUAACUGAGGAAGAGAAAUUGGAGCCUCUGAAAAAUAGUACUGAUGAUCCAAGGAUUCGACUUUUAAACCGUCUCUAUGCAAAGAAGAGGAAAGAACUGAAGGAAAGAGAGAAAAUAAAGAUUGUUCAGGUUGAAGGACAUGUGGAUGACCGUUCAGUUGAUGACCUUUUGUCCUUUAUAAAUGGAGAAGGAGAUUCUAAAGGGAUUAGAACUUCCAAGAAUAAAAAGAAACAUCAGAGAAAAAAAGAUCAACAGAAGAGUGCCUCUGUUGAUGAAACCAUUAAGACCCAUAAGCAGGAGUCAAAUGGGCUUAAUUCGUUAUGCCAUUGUGCUGAGAUCGGUAACAAAUAUAGGCCUGAUCAAGGAGCGACAUCAAGUAAGAGAGAUGUUGAGGAUGAUAUUUUUGCUAGGAAGUCUGAGUUUGAUGACGGUGAUGUAGAUGAUGAGAUUGAUCCAGCAUUGAAGGAAAAAAUAGAUAGGUUGGAAGUUGUGUAUUGUCAUUAACCAUGUAAGAUAUCUGAUUUUAGUUGGUUUUGUGUUUCCACUUUUGGGAAUGCUGCAUAAAGAGUUGAACAUGGGUUUCUGAUUUCACAAAUGGUUUGGCUUUAUAAACCUCUGCUGGAGUUUUAUGAAUGUUUUGAAGAUAAGAGGGGGAGGGGAGUUCUAUUUAUGCUUUAUUGAGUACUACAAAUGUUCCUGAUAAUACAUGAGCUCUCCAUGAUCUCAUUACACCCUUUUAUUUGCAAGUGCAGCCUUAAUCUUAACGUUUUUCUCAUCUGUAAGCACAGAUGAAUUAGAAAAUUAUUGCAAUGGCAAAUAAUAAUGCCGUGGACCUCUUAAUGUUAAAAUUAUUGUCACAUGACCAGGAGCUAUGUAUCAUACUCAGAAUCUUUAGAAGCUGUGUCAUGGAAAGUAGGAAGUUCUUUCACUUAUUCAUUUGAUCUUUCAAUAGUUCUUGCAGCAAUAGUAGAGAAAAGUAAUGUGCGUUGUGCACAUCAAGUUGAAAUGUCAAAAUUUUUUAUAUUAUGCCUACUGGCUUUUAUGAAACUAAAUCCAUAACUGUGUCAUGAUGUCAUGAGAUGCAGGGAGGUGGAGGAUUUUGUUCGGAGACUGAAUUCUGACUGGCCUGAAAGGAUGCAAGAGAUUCUAUCUUUGGGUCAAGAAA